UUGUGCGACAAUUACCGCCGGAAGUGAUGCCACUGUUUAAGCUGCAGACAAACGUGCCGUCGACCAAAAUCCCGGCCAACUUCUUGGAGUCGACCGUCGAAGUGGUGGCCAAGACGUUGGGAAAGCCUAAGUCCUAUGUGGUGGCGACCGUACUGCCGGAUCAGCUCAUGAAUUGGGGCGGAGUGGAUGGUCCGUGUGGUAUGGUAUCGGUGGAGAGUAUCGGCGCCUUAGGCCGUGAUGUCAAUAAGAAGCACUCGAAGGUCAUAUCGGACCACUUGCUCAAGACGUUGGGAAUACCGGCCGACAAAUGCUAUAUUAAUUUCGUGGACCUAAACAAAGCCAAUGUUGGCUACAGUGGAACCACUUUCGAUGAUCUCCUCUAAGACAUCGAUGGUUAGCACACGUUGUUAUACAAUGUCUUUAGAUUUCUUAGUAAUUUACAGUUGAAUUGUAUUCAAAAUUAUCGACAAUUAUGUGAAGAUUUAUGCAAAACAUUGACUAAAUUUUUGAAUUUUAAAACUUCCGAAGAAUUAUUGACUUUGAAUUGAAAUUACUUACAAAUGUUAGAAAUGAAUGCCAAUUAUUAUAAUAAAACUUUAUUUUUGAUUUAA